GGUACUUUCACAAUUUUAUAACGCCAGCUCACUUGGGCAGUUUUUAGUAAAGAAGCCAACAUGUUGUUGAAAUUAAUAAUAUUGCUUAGCACUUAUAAUGCUGUUAUCGGUGUGAUGUUUAAUAUAAAGCCAAAUACACAAAAGUGUCUAAAAGAGGACAUGCAACCGAAUCAGUUGGUUAAGGGAGAAUAUGAAGUAACUGCUGUCCCAGGACAACUAAUUGAUUACAUUGCUCGAGAUACUAAAGGACACAUAUUAUCGAAGGGUGAACAAAUUACGAAAGGAAAAUUUACUUUCAUGUCCGAGGUAUAUGAGACGUACGAAAUCUGCUUUAUUUCGAAAGUUCCGCCACAUCAAAGAGGAAUUGAACAGGAAGUUAGAUUAGUUACGAAGAAAGGUGUAGAAACUAGGAAUUACGAAGGGAUACAAGAAGCAGCAAAACUCAAACCAAUGGAAGUGGAACUGAAACGUUUGGAAGACUUAUCGGAUUCCAUUGUCAGAGACUUUGCGCUAAUGAGGAAACGCGAAGAAGAAAUGAGAGACACCAAUGAGAAAACCAAUAGCCGAGUACUCUUUUUCAGCAUAUUCAGCAUGUGUUGCUUACUUGGUCUAGCUACUUGGCAGGUUUUAUAUUUACGGAGAUAUUUCAAAGCCAAAAAGCUUAUUGAGUAAUAAAACUGAGUAUGUUUGCAAAUUCUUUUGUAUUAAGAAGAAAUUUACUAAAUAUUAAAUAUUACCUUCACAAUAAAGAAAACCAUAACAAUACAAGUGCAAAUAAACAAAAUUUAAUUCAUAUAGAGGAUAGAAUUCCAGUUUCAACACGA